AAAAAAUGGCGGUUCGCGUGGCGUCUAGAAACGUCAAAAUAAGAGCAUGAUCUGCGACAGGGGUUACCGUCACACGCGAGUCGCGCGAUAUUUUCCACUGUAACAGUUCAGAAAGCAGUGGAAGGAUGUUUAUAGUCACGAAGGAAAUUGACAGCGAGAACAUCAGUAAGUUGUGUCGCACGUGUUUAAGAGAGGACGGCGACAAAAUGGUAUGUUUAUUCAUGGGUCCUGCUGGUUCAUCCCUCGCCGCCAAAUUACGAUCCCUCUCGUGCUUAGAGGUCUGGCAAGGAGAUGGUUUGCCUGAGAAAAUGUGUGAUCGUUGUGUCACCAGAGCAGAGUCGGCUCUUUUGUAUAGAGAACAAUGUCGUGCAGCAGAUAGGGCUUUGAGACAAGCAGCCUUGAAGGUAUCUGGAUUAACAUCAUAUACUACUGUCUCUGGCUGCAAGCUGUAUCAGAAUCAACAGAAUCAAGGAUUUGUUCCAGUACAGAAUUCUCACAAGACGCUAAAGUGCAUAGAAUGUGGCGCUGUGUUUAUGAAUUAUCAAGAACUCUGUGCCCAUAGCCGACUACACUUAUCCUUCAUUCAGGAUAACAUACCCAUGCAACAUAUGCACAUAGUAGAAUCUCAAAAUCCCUAUCUCAAUUUUGGUCAUGUCGGUUCGAAUUUUGCCAACGACAGUAUUCCAAACACGCAACUAUCCCCGUUAGUUAGGCCAAAUGUAAUGCAUACCAUGCCAUUGAACGAGGAAAAUUCUAGUCGAGCCGCGUGUGCCUUACAUUGUUCCUUAUGCAAUCACACUUUCACCAACAGGAGACAAUUGAUAAGUCACAAUAUCGCGCACAGCACAGAUAAUGUUGAUAUCUCGUGCGAUAACGAGAACAUCGAGAUCUGCGAGAACUCCAAUCAUAUCCCGCAAAAUCUCAGUUACGAGAGGUCCAUUCAUUCUGUCGAUAAUCCCAUUCAGAAUCUGUCUUAUCAAAGAUCCACUGUAGAUGACAACGACGAAAUACAGAAUUUAAAUUUUCCCGAGAAUAUUGACCUGGAUGGUGUUCAGGAGAGCAGCUCGGAACGUUUGCAAAAUGUAACGAUGCAUUCUGAGAAUGACGUAUCGAUCGCGGAGAACUUGACAUUUAUAAAGGCGUCCGAAAAGGGCCGGCAACACAUAAUCGGAUAUCACGGAUGCCCGGCGGACGAUAAUUAUAAGCAACCCCUCGAGGCGAAGGGCGCGGAUGAUAUUCACGCGAAAAAGCAUCAGUGUGAGGUAUGUUCGAGACAAUUCUCGCAAAAAUCUAAAUUAUUCGCUCAUCAAUUGUCUCACUCUGGUCAACAGCCGUUCAAGUGCCUCAGCUGCGGCAAGGCCUACGCGUCGAAAAGCAAACUCAACGCGCACAUGAGAUUGCACACCAAAACCAAUGUACAUCAGUGCAAAGUGUGCGAUAAAAUAUUUUCAUAUCCUUCGUAUUUAGAGGAACAUAUAAAGGUACAUAAUAAGAGUGACAACGCUUCGCAGAGUAAGGACUUUGAAUGUGGUACUUGCAACAAACGUUUCCGCCUUUUGAAAAAUCUGAAGGCACACGAGAAACUUCACACGGGGAAGGGUUUGGUACAUUGCGAGAUUUGUGAUAAACAGUUUAGCCAUAAUUAUAAUUUAAAGAUGCAUUUACGAACGCACAAGACGUCAAAGGUGCAUAAGUGCGAGUAUUGCGACAAGCGUUUCGUGCAGAAAGGUAAUCUAGUCGAGCAUUUGCGAAUUCACACCAAGGUGAAACCUUUCGCGUGCAAAUUGUGCGGCAAAAGAUUUGCGCAGUCGGGCCACUUGAAAAGCCACGAAGCCUCGCACGGCACUUUGAGGCAACACCAGUGUCGGUUAUGCGGGAAGAGGUUCAAGCUAGCCAAUCAUUUGAAACGGCACUUGAAUUUGCAUACUGGCACGAAAACGUACAAGUGUAAUCAGUGUAACCAAAUGUUCUCGCAGUCUUUCAGUCUGACAAGGCACUUGAAGAAGCACAACGAGUCGCACAUGUAAUUAAAAACCGAUAAAUUGUAACAUAUGUACACAUACUGAUGUCUUUAUUUUCUCUCGAAAUCUCACUUUUAUAUUAUUUUUAUUCUUAUUCUUUUAUUAGAAAAGUCGGGGAAUCUUAGCGAGACGAUAAAAGCGUCUUUCAAUAGAAAAUAACAUCGGAACGAAAUUGACUCGUUUACUAGCUGUAGAAAUCCACGUCGUGGAAUAUGCUCGAGUUCUUCAUUUAUAGCUUUUUAGAACCGUAGUGAGAAUGUUUAUUCCCUCUCGCAGUUGCUCCUCCGUGAUCGUUAACGGGGGCGAUAUUCUAAUGAUUUGUCCGUGUGCAGGUCUUGUCAACAAGCCAGCAUCUCUCAGCCUCAGACAGAUAUCCCAACCGUCUGCAAACUCUGCAAAUAAAUUGUAUCAUUAUUGAGUGUUUCUCGUGCGGCCAUGUAAUAAAAUCCAAUUUCUCGUUACAUAA